AUCCUCGCGAUAACGAGCGGUCGAGGCUUGGCGAGAGGAGAAGUUGGAAUGGCAGCCAUUGAUCUUCAGUAUCCGCACAUCAUUCUUUCUCAAAUGAGCGAUGACAAUUCGUACGCUAAUGCAUUAACGAAAAUCCAUAUGUUUCAGCCAGUCGAGAUUCUCAUACCAGACACAAUGGGAAAGGAUCAGAAGGACCCCAACAGUCUCUACACCGCCAUAAAGACCCAUUUUCCCACCGUCGAGAUAACCGAGAUCUCCAGAAUCCACUGGAAGGCCGUAACAGGUCUCGAAAGGAUCCAAACCCACUGCACAAACGAGUUCUCGUCGAUCGAGCUCAUCGUGAAGCCCAAGUACUACGCUCUCUCCGCAGUCUGCACCCUCUUCAAGUACAUCGAGAGCAUUCAGCACGUUGUCUACACCCAGAAUUCAGUGAGAUUCGAGUACCAGGCGGCGCAGAACGCCAUGAUGAUCGACCUUGAGAGUGCCCAGAACCUUGAGCUGGUGACCAGCUACGGAAAUAAAUACAACUUUUGUCUUCUCGGGGCUCUUGACCGCUGCUCCACCCCGGCGGGAAGGAGACUCCUCCGAGCGUCGAUCCUCCAGCCCUCGUGCGACCUCUCGGCUAUUCAGAAACGUCAGGAUUGCGUCAGCGAACUCGUCUCCAAUAAAUCGCUGUACGCCAUCAUCCAUCCGGCCAUCAGGAGACUCUAUGGGGUCCAUCGGCUCCUGAAUUUCGCGACUCAACAUCCCCACGCUGACACAAUAGAACGCGCAGAGAGGAGUCUAAACUACGCUCUUCUCCUCAAACACACACUGAGCGUAAUCCCAGAGUUGAAGGCAGCUUUGAAGACUGCAGUCUCUCCCUUCUUCAAACAAGUCGCUGAUCACCUGAUGAACAAGGACUUUGAGUUCAUGAGGGAGAAGAUCUCCGAGUUCAUUCACCCUGAAGCGCAGUCUGUGAAGGGGUACACCUCCUCGAAUUACAACAGAUGCUUUGCGAUAAAAGUUGGGAUUAGCGAUUCUCUGGAUGUGGCGAGGAGAGCUUACUGCGAGCUCAUUGAUGACAUGGAGAAGAUGGUGGAGGACAUUGGCAAGAGGCAUAAUUUGGGGUUGACUUUCGCGAACUCUUCAACCCUGGGAUAUCACAUAGAGAUGAAGCUCCCCCGAAACUACAAAUUUGAACUUGAGAGACUGCCCCAAGAGCUGAUCGAGGCACACAUAAAAGGCGGAACCGUCUACAUGACGACUCAAGAGCUCUUCGUCAAGAAUCAGCACUGCAAGGACGCAUGUGUCGAGAUCCACCUAAUGAGCAACACCGUCAUGGGUCACAUGUUCGAGGCGAUAAAGGGACGAAUGGGUUGUCUAUUCCAGUUCAAUGACGACGUCGCCGAGAUGGACGUGAUCCUCUCCCUGGCCACCAUCAGCUCGAUCUCCGACUACGUGAGGCCGACGUUUGGAGCCAGCCUGGAAGUGAGGGAUGGUAAACACCCGGUGAUGGACAUCCUGGGGACCGAGAGCCCCACCCCCAACGACACCGUCGCGUCGACUGCCUACAAUUUUCACACCAUCACUGGACCCAACAUGGGGGGGAAGACCAUUUAUCUGAAGCAGAUUGUCUUGCUUCAUAUUAUGGCGCAAAUUGGCUGCUUCGUGCCUGCCACCAAGGCCCAGUUCAGAAUUACUGAUCACAUUUUUUGCAGGCUCGGGGCGAGGGAUGAUAUCGAGUUUAAUGCGUCGACUUUCAUGCUGGAGAUAAAAGAAGCCCAAUACAUCCUUCAGUCCCUCACCCCAAACUCCCUAGUAAUCCUCGACGAGCUCUGCCGAAGUACAACAGUGGAGGAGGGUGCGUCAAUCGCCUGGGCAAUUUCCAAGAAGCUCCUGCUCUCGAAAGCCUUCACCUUCAGCGCCACGCACUUCGAGUACCUCUUGAAGCUGGCCGAUCUGUACCCCAAUGCGACGAACCACCACUUCGAGGCGAUUCCGAAUGGGAUAGAUCGCCCCGAGGAGGCUCGUCUGGUUUACACCCACAAAGUGAAGCGAGGGGUCCAGAAGAUCCAGAACUAUGGGCUGGUCCUGGCUCGAGCUACAGGACUUCCUGAGGACGUCCUGGCGGAUGCUCACAGGUUUGCUCAGGAAAUUCGAGGGUCAAUGGAGUUGAAUCAGCCUCAGACACCUCCAGCCGCCCCCCAGUCCCCAGGGGAAUCCAAACUCCAGCGAAAUUACGACAAAUUAGCCGGAGUCUACAACAAACUGGAGAACAACUACGAGGUCUCAGAUGAUGAGCUCUACGCGUUGGUCCGGGGUCUGGAGGCUAUCAGUUACGGGGAACUCCCUCCAGAGACCCCGAAACCUCUCUCUCAGCACAAGACCAGCGAAAAAUCCUCAGGACUGUACAGCGCAGGCCCCAAGAGCUCGACGACCUCCAACGCCUCGACGAGAUCCCAGGAGUCCCUCAGAACCAGUAGCUCCAAGCAAACAUCUGCACUGAAAUUAGCCCCUGAGAGCUCGAAGAAGACUACCAAACGCCAGGUGACGUUCUCUGAAAAUUCAGUGGCGCUGUCUCCAGAGGCUAAACUCCCGAAACUCGAGGAGACCUCGAGGCCCAGCCCAUCGACGUCGGGGAGGCAGCCCUUGAGGACGAUGAACCCCCCGCCAGCGCCUGGAAAUUCACCCUUCAAAGUCCCUCAGAAGUGCUUCUUGAAGAAGUGCCUGACCGAGGAUCCAGAGUCGCCUUUCUUCAUCCCUAGAAGUCAGCAGGGCAUCAAGACAGGAUUACUGAGUUCGAGCUCGAGUUUUAGCUCCUGUGGGAGCUUCAUCAAAUCCUCGAAGGAAGAUUCCAAGGAGGACAGCCUCAGUAAACUCCAGUCCCUGACGACAAAGCACGGUUCCAUCGUCAAGAGGAAGCGCAGCCAGAAGGAUAUGAUACCGAAGAGUUUUCACCACUUCUUUCCGUCGAUGAGACAACUCUCUUCGCAGCAAUUCUCGAGCACCAAAGAGGUUUGCAGUUUGCCGGUGCCAGGGUCCUCCCAGCAGUACGACCCGGCCGUCAUAGCUUCACUUCCCAAGUUCCUGAGACCCGUCGGGGAGAACACGUUCUUCCCCCCGGAGUACAGCCACCUGAGGCACAUGGCCAAGAACAUUUACGACGAGGAGGAGAACGAGGGGAGUCCUGGGGGCUCUCAUCAGUACUAUUUCAUGUCGAAGACUGUCAAGAAGACGCCUGCGAGCAGCACCAAUGACUCCUCUGAGGCCAGGGAGACGGUCAAGUCUCCCUCUUUCGUCAAUUACCCCAAGGGGGUGGCCUCGGGCCUGGAGAAAGGGUUGAGCAUUGAUAGGGUGAUUCCUGGGGUCUCGGGGAUGGGGAGCGUCGUGCUGGAUCCCAUGGACCCGAGUUCCAUCAUUGUUUUGUCGAGCGAGAGCGAGGGGGAGGAGGAGGUGGUUUCCCAGUGCUCCAUGAACUCGGUUGAGGCGAGAAACUCCGCUAGGGAGAAGGAGGCUGCUAUCUUCAGGAAAAUCGAGGGGAGGGAGUUCGAUGAAGGGAAAUUCUUCAAGGAUCUGGAGAAUUCUCUCAAGUAA